GAGGAGAAGUAGAAGAUUAUAUUGCCUUUGUAGUAACAUGGAGUCUGGCUCUUUUCAGCGGUUUUUGCUGAAAGUUUUUCUGGUGAAUUUUUGUCUCGGUUUGGUUUCUUCUCUGUACUUUCAUAUAGCAGAAGGAGAGCAAAAGUGUUUUAUUGAGGAAAUCCCAGCAGACACGGUUGUUGUCGGUGAUUAUUGGACGCAGCUUUAUGAUGAACAGAAACAUGAGUAUCUACCGGUUACUCAGAAUCUCACCCUGUCUGUCGCAGCCAGAAAUCCAACUGAUAAGUUGAUUCUGUCUCACAAGGAAACCAAGGGGAGGUUUAACUUCACAUCAUUUACCUCAGGAGAACACAAGAUCUGCCUUCAGCCAAGUUUAUCACAGCCGCUGACUGCAGGCUUCAUAGUGGUGGUUCACAUGGACAUCCGAUCAGGUGAACACACCAACAACUACACAGAGAUCCAUGAACGAGAACUACUGACGCAGAUGCAGCUGAGAGUCAGACAGCUGUCUGCACAGGUUCAACACAUCCAGAAGGAGAUGACCUACAAAAGGAGCAGAGAUAAAGACUUCCUCGCCAUCAACCACAACAUCAACAUGUGGAUCUAUUGGUGGCCCAUCCUCCGCUGCAUCUUUGUGGUGACUUUCAUCAUAUACAUCACAGGCAGCUGCUGAGAUCACAGCUACUGUUCAGAGCGACAUCAGUAAACUCUGGACCUGCAGAGGAAACGCAACAUAGACCAAACUGAAAAUGGAAAAAAAAAAUUACACCCAAGCCAACUGAGACAUCCUAUAGUGGCGUGUUGGAGAAACCAUUGUUUACCUGGAGAAAGCAGAGAUGGAGAUAAUGCAGAUCAGGAACUCGAGGCCAUAGAAGCAGAGCAGCACAGCGCUGAGAAUGAACUCGAGCCGCAGCACGAAUGUCUGCAGCAGCAGGUAGUAAACGGCCAGCGCUGUGCAGGGAAACAGGAUGAAGAGGGACACACAGGAAGACAGAGAGCGCUCGCAGAGGUUCCCCUUCCAACCUGGAGGAAAAACACUGCAGACAGUCAGAAGGAAAGACUGAUGUUUGUUCCUGUCUGCUGCUGCUGUGAAGAAGCCAUUUGUUUAACUAAACAUGUUUAGAUAUUACAGACAUAAAGAUGUUCCAAUGUGUAUACAACUUUAUAAUACCUGCAAAUAACAAUAAUUCAAUGAAAAGAGAUUUUUGUAGUUAAUCAGUUGACUUUGUCUGAUAUUAACAUUUGUUUUAUCUGGAACAUUUAAAUGCAACAAAAAACAAAACCAGAA